GCCGCGCAUGCGCGCAGCCCCCGCCGCGCCAAUGGGGCGGGUGCGGGCGGGGUGGCGGCCAUUGGGGCCCGCCUGGCUGAGGGCGACGCGCUGUUGCCGUUCGCCGCGGCCGCCGCUGCCGCGAUGGUCUCCUGGAUGAUUUCGCGGGCCGUCGUGCUGGUGUUUGGGAUGCUGUACCCUGCAUAUUACUCAUACAAAGCUGUGAAGACAAAAAAUGUGAAGGAAUAUGUUCGCUGGAUGAUGUAUUGGAUUGUGUUUGCUCUUUAUACGGUUACUGAAACAAUCACUGACCUAACAAUCUCUUGGUUUCCACUGUACUAUGAACUGAAGAUAGCUUUUGUUAUUUGGCUCCUUUCCCCAUAUACUAGAGGGGCAAGUUUAAUCUACAGAAAAUUUCUUCACCCACUUCUUUCUUCUAAAGAAAGGGAGAUUGAUGAGUACAUCGUACAGGCCAAAGAAAGAGGCUAUGAGACCAUGGUGAACUUUGGAAGGCAAGGGUUGAAUUUGGCAGCAACUGCUGCAGUGACAGCAGCUGUAAAGAGUCAAGGAGCGAUAACUGAGAAACUGAGAAGUUUCAGUAUGCAUGAUUUGACUACUAUACAAGGAGAUGAGCCAGUAGGACAGAGACCCUAUCAGACAUUACCAGAAGCAAAAAAGAAAACUAGAGCCUCUGCAAGUGAAUCUUCAGGUUACAAGACUCCACUGGAAAAAAAUCCUGGAGAUGAUAAAACAGAUGAAGAGAUGGAGGGGACACAUUCAGAGGAUGAAAUGUUUGCUCAGAGAGGCCUUCGAAGAACUCAGAGCAUGAAAUCUGUGAAAAGCAUUAAAGGCCGUAAAGAGAUACGGUAUGGAUCACUGAAAUACAGAGUAAAGAAGAGGCCCGCUGUAUACUUCUAAGUGUAUUGCACAAUGCCUGCGAGAAAAACUGCUGUAUUAUAACAACUUGAAUUCAGUGUGUCAAGUGUUAAAAGAUCUGUGUAUGAUUCAUGUAAUGAGUGUGUAUGAAUUACUACGGUAGGACUUGGUUUUAUGAACCUAAAUGGUUGGAUAAAGUAUUACUCUGCUUUUUUGUAAUUGCUUAUUGUUUAGACAUAAAUCUGGACAAGUUAUAGUAUGAAUUUCGGCACUUCUUAAAUAGGAGUUAAACAGGAACAGGAAACAGCCUUUUUCCAGAGGUCCUGAACAGACUGAAAUAACUACAACUCCAAUUGAAUUAGCAGAAGCUGUAGGUAUUUGGAACUUGUGAAAAUCGAACCCAUAAUGUCCCCAAGUUUACAUGGAAAGAUAGGUAUACUUGAAAUAUUUUUCUGAACUACAAUUCCUGAAAAGCCCUUGUGUAAUUUAAAAAUGUACGGUUUAAAGGACAGUGGGUGAUGGUGGGGAAGGAAAACGAAAGACGAGGUAGAUAAGGUACAUCCUUAAAGUCAUCAUCUUGCAUCGUAUUGCCAAGCUUAACAAACUUACACUAAUAGGUGCAAACUGGGGGUACAUUUAGCACUUUAUGCAAAACUGUAUAGUUUUGCACACUUACUGAUUUACAGCUGCACAUGUCAUUUUAGUGACUUCUUCAGUAGGUUAGGCUCUUUGAAUGCCAGCAAUUCUUGUAUUUCAUGACCUCUUUUAAUUUAUCUUGAUUGCUAAGUACACUUAAGAUACUGUAGGUAAUUGCUACUAACAAUAUUGUCGGGUGCCUUUCCAUGUAUUACAAGGCUGUGUGGAUUUUUGUCUGUGUGGGUUUGUUGUGGGUUUUGUUAGUUUUAUUUGUGACUCUUUCUCCUUCACCUAGAGAGAUGUAUACAUGAUUUAGGUCAGUUUUUGGUUAAAAUUUUGGUAAGUAAAACCUCUAGCAAUUCCAGUGACAGACCUCAGGGAUCUGAUCAGCCCAUCAGCUGUGCAUUAGUAGUCAUGCUGACAUAAAAGCAUAUAUUCAGGCCCUGGUUUGGUUUUGCUCAGCAUUGCUUUAAGAAUGAAAACAUAUAUAUUAAAACAUGUAUGUGUGUAUAUUUCAUAUCAUGUGUGGAUUCUAAAGUUGGCUGUGUAUUAGCUUCUAUUACUAAAGUUAUUAGUAAAAUAUUUACACAAAAAUCGCUUUUUCUAAAAGUAUCCAGAUUAUUUAGUCAGCCAUUUUAUAACCUAGAGUUAUGGCAUAACAGUUGUCACAGAAAUUAAUUUUAGAUUGUCAUUCAAGGCAGGGACUUGUCAGAAUUACUUUUUUGAGGUCCCCUUUGCUUCUGUUUCUGCAGUUCUGAGAAUUAGGCUGAUUUUAGUUUUCUGUGUGACUAUUUCUACUGUGGAUUCAGGGAGAAAACACCCACUUCUUGUAGAUAGUAUUUUGUUACUUGGCGUGGGGAGAGUAGUGUUACUUUUCUUCAAGAGAAAAUGGUGUGUGAUCCCUCUUAUCAUUGGACUCCAAUCCUUAGACCUUCCCCCAGGUACGACAGUCAUCUGCAAGUCUACUGCAGCGCUUUUAAACAUAUUCCUAAGGCUUGGGCCUGCUGCAGUUCUUUUUCUUUGUAUUACAGCUAUGGUGGUUUUACUGCUGGUAGGCACUAAAGGCCUGGCAUUUGAAGUUGUCUUCUGUGAAUUUUGGGCCAAGGUUUGAAUUGUAUGGAUAAAAAUGCAGCUGGUCUGUAUUGGCAUUGCAUUACUCGCUUGCUAUUGUAGGCACUUGCCAGCCAAGUGCAAAGCCUUGGUCAAAUGUAACGAUACUGAUGGUGCAGUGCUUUUAGCAUCUCUGAGGAAGCUAAAUGCUUUAGUAAGAAGUUGCAACAGUCCAUAUGUGAUUAAAAGGCUGCAGCUUGUAUUACUUUACUCAAAGAUGCAGUUUUGUACCAGGAUACAGGAAGGCUGCUCUCUCCCAAAUGACUACGGUGCAAAAAUCCCAUCCUCUAACCAAAACUAUAACUUGUGAUCUGGCUUUUAUAAGGAGCUGUUGUCUGUGGGGAGGCAGUGAUCGGAAAGGCGGCCUCCCCAGGCGUAGUUCAUCACUUGUGCCGCUGGAAUGUCUGUGCUUCUCAUCCAUUUCCCUGAAUGUAGAUAAAGGCUAUCUGUGUGUUAAGGUAUGUAAUGUUAGAGGAAACUGAGGCUUUUAUAUUUGCAUCUCGCUCCUCUUUGAAAAUUAGACUAACCUGGGCGUUGGGUGGAAUCUCUAACUCUUACUUUCCAGUUGAGCGUCCUCUGUGAGCACUUGCUGCCACAUCUUGCUUUAACUCAUCGUGUUUUAUCUGCAAGCAUGGCAAUAAAAUUGUCAUAUGCAGGAUUCUGGUUUGUGCAAAUGAAGGAGCAGGGUAAGACCUUCCUUCAGAAUUACAGUUCCUUUUACAGCUUCAUGUAGACCCUGUUUCAGGGUUUGUGUUCUUUUCACAUUUCCAGGGCUAGACAUCAUUGGAGUAGUUCAGGCUCUACCACACCUGUGGUCAGUAAGUUGCUCUCUGUGUCAUUAUGUACUUGAGGCUAUAAGUUCUGGCAGACUUAACUUGCUAAUUAAGUAGUGACAAAGGCUAAAUAAACUCUCCUUUUUUAUGAACUACACUUGGAACUAGGAAAGCUGGCAGUAUUAUUACUAUUAAUUACUGUUUGCAUAUAAACGUACUUCUGUUCUCUCAGAUACCGUCUUAAGUGAUAAAACAUCCAGUGUUUUCCUAGCUGUUUUUUUCCUGUCUAAUAUCCUACUAGAAAGUGAUUUUCUUGACAGCUUGAUUUUGCUCUUUGAAUUCAUCCUGAAACUGGUUUGCUACAUUAUCUUUUUUCCCCCCUUGCUGUUCAUUGUCAGCUGAUGCUUGGGAGGGCACAAUGGCAUGAUUAGCUUUCAUCCCAAUGAUAUGUGUUUUCCUCUGCUCGUUGAAUUUAGUUUAGUUUGGUUUUUGAGGUACUACACAAUCUUAUAAACUUUGCAUACAGGGAAUUUUAAAACUUUUUUUGCCUUAGCAACUGCAAAAGCGAUCUGUCUAGCUCUUGCCAGUAAACUUCUUGGAAAAAUGUUAAACAAAAACCAAAAUUUAACUUAACAUUCUUCUUGGUUUUGGAAUGUAAAAUGUAGUUCAUGUCAAAUUUAUAAAAUCUUAUGAAUGAAGUGUUUCCUGAGAAUUGACUGUCACCAACAGGACUGCUAAUACAAAGGAAAAUGUAUAUAGAGGUUAAAGGUACUUUAAAAGAGAGUACAUAUUUCUUGUUAAAUGAUAUAAAGGUUUCAAGCCUUUCCAAAAUAUAUCUGAACUGACUCAUAUUUCUUAGCAAGAGCCUACUGUACAUGCUAAAAUACACAGUUUGAGAUGAGGAUUAAAUUCAUGGCCUCAGUUGCAAAUACACUUAGGCCAGACUGAUUACAAGGUAAUUGCCAAUAUUAGCUACUUAAUGCUAAUGGCUUUGCUAUGUGAAAGUAAGUGAGUAUUAUCCAAGAUACUUUUUGCAAACUGUAAUGAAGUUUAAAAUGAGCAGAAGAUAAUUUGGUUAAACAGAAUGGUUGGUAAAUGCUAGAUGCAUUUAACACACUGUUUGUAACAAAAGAUGUGUUUUAUUUUUGCUGUUGCUUUUAUUAGUGGGAAGUUGGUAUUUUUAAGUAUUUUUCUACAAAAAUGUUUAUGUGCAAAGGCAAUACUUUAACAUUUUUCAAGAACUUGUAUUUUUAAAUGCUACAGACCAGAGACUGUCUACAUUGAGACUGAAGUUAGUAGCUUUAAAAAAAGGCAAUGUAAGCUUUAAUUUUUAUAUUGUAAGAAUAACUUGCUGUCAAUUUGUUUACAUAUUUGUAGGAGGGGAAGCUUCAUUAUGCAUUGACUUACCUUGAUACUAUCUUUAAUAAAUGCGGAUUUAAGCAGGA